UGCUCCAUCCAAGCUUCCGGUCACCCGUUCUGCGAUCUUCAGUUGCCACUGCCUGCCACGGAAUUGAGAGACAUGGGCACCGGCGACAGGGGCUCCGCCGCCGCCGUGCAGUUCGAGGACUUCCUGCCGUCGAUGGCGAGGAAGCUCGGCGUGGAGGGGCUGAUCGAGGAGCUCUGCAAGGGGUUCGAGCUGCUCAUGGACCCCGGGGCCGGCAAGAUCACCUUCCAGAGCCUGAGGAGGAACGCGGCGACGCUGGGGCUCGGCGAGCUCCGGGACGACGAGCUGUCGGAGAUGAUGAGGGAGGGGGACCUCGACGGGGACGGCGCGCUGGACCAGAUGGAGUUCUGCAUUCUCAUGGUCAGGCUCAGCCCCGAGCUGAUGCAGGAUGAGUCGCACAGGGCGUUUCAGUGCUGACGACCUCCGAUUGAUAUACUUGUUAGUUGAAUGCAACAGAAUACAGUGGUAGUUUGAGGAUUUGUUGAUGAAAUGUGAUUAUGCAUUUUCCCUAGUGAAGCAUAACAGUUUGAAUUUCCAUGCUACU